ACACGCUUGCUAACGCCCGCAACAGUCAAGUUUGUGUGUAGGUUAGCUGGCUCAACACAACAGCAGUAGCAGCAUAUGCAGUACUGUUAAAUGACUGACCGUGGCAGGCAGGUAGAAGAUAUAUAAAUAUAUAUAACCUUGUUGUUAUCUAACGGUUUGUACAAAUCUGUUACAGUGAACCGUCUGUUCUGAACCAGUAUAAACCGGAGAGAAAUGCGAACAUAGCCGUUAGCAAGCGAGCCAGGCCGAGGUGAGCUGUCUGGCUAUACCUUCAUCCAGACAGGAGCAUAAAUGUUUCACACAAACCAGUUUACCGAGUUGGUUGUCGACGCUGGAGAGGAUGCGCAAGGACGUGAGGAUAUUAUUAGUGGGAGAGCCCAAGGUGGGGAAGACGUCUCUAAUCAUGUCCCUGGUCAGCGAGGAGUUCCCAGAUGUGGUGCCCUACCGAGCUGAGGAAAUCACCAUACCUGCAGAUGUCACACCAGAGAGAGUUCCCACACACAUUGUGGACUAUUCAGAGGCAGAGCAGACAGAUGAGCAGCUGUUUCAGGAGAUCUCCAAGGCAAAUGUGAUUUGUAUUGUCUACUCUGUCAACAACAAGAAGUCUAUAGAAAAGGUGACCAGCCACUGGAUCCCCCUCAUUACCGAGAACACGGACAAGGACAGCAGGGUUCCGCUGAUCCUGGUGGGCAACAAGUCGGACCUGGUGGAACACAGCAGCAUGGAGACCAUACUACCCAUAAUGAACCAGUACAGUGAAAUAGAGACUUGUGUGGAGUGUUCAGCAAAGAAUCUGAAAAACAUCUCAGAGCUGUUCUACUACGCCCAAAAAGCAGUUCUGCACCCCACCGGUCCCCUCUACUGUCCUGAGAAAAAAGAUAUGAAGCCGCUUUGUGUGAAAGCUCUCACUCGAAUCUUCAAAGUGUCAGAUCUGGACAAUGAUGGGAUUCUUAAUGAUAAUGAGCUCAACUUCUUCCAGCGGACAUGCUUCAACACCCCGCUAGAGCCUCAGGCAUUAGAGGAUGUAAAAAAUGUGGUGCGGAAGAAUUUGAGCGACGGGGUUUGUGAUAACGGACUCACUCUGAAAGGUUUCCUAUUCCUCCACACCCUGUUCAUUCAGCGAGGUCGCCAUGAAACAACCUGGACAGUGCUGAGGAGAUUUGGAUACGAUGAUGACCUGGAGUUAAAUCAGGACUACCUCUUCCCACCAUUGAAAAUUCCUCCAGACUGCACUACAGAGCUCAACCAUAAUGCCUACCUCUUCCUCCAGAGCGUCUUUGACAAACAUGACAAGGACCGUGACUGUGCCUUGUCACCAGAGGAGCUGAGGGACCUGUUUGAUGUUUUUCCCUACAUGCCCUGGGGUCCAGAUGUCAAUAACACAGUUUGCACUAAUGACCAAGGCUGGAUCACUUACCAGGGGUAUCUCUCCCAAUGGACGCUAACUACAUAUCUCGACGUCCAACGAUGCCUGGAGUAUUUGGGUUACCUUGGUUACUCAAUAAUUGCUGAGCAGGAGUCCCACGCAUCAGGAAUCACAGUGACCAGAGAUAAGAAGAUUGACCUGCAGAAGAAGCAGACCCAGCGCAGUGUCUUCCGCUGUAAUGUCUUUGGAGACAUUGGCAGUGGCAAAAGUGGUUUCCUCCAAUCUUUCCUGGGUAGAAACCUCACGCUCCAAAAAACAAUUAGAGAAGAACACAGAUCCUACUAUGCCAUAAGCACAACAUAUGUUUACGGCCAGGAGAAAUACCUUCUUCUUCAUGAAGUCUUCCCUGACUUUGACUACCUGUCUGAUGCUGAUAUGGCCUGUGACAUUGUCUGUCUGCUCUAUGAUGUCAGCAACCCUUACUCCUUUGAGUACUGCGCCAAAGUCUUCAAGCAAUACUUUAUGGACAGCAAGACACCCUGUAUGAUGAUAGCAGCGAAGUCAGACCUGCCAGAGAUCAAACAGAUGUAUGGCUGCAGUCCUCUGGAGUUCUGCAGGAGGCACAGGAUGCCGCCUCCCCAGUCCUUCACCUGUAACAUAGCAGCAGCCCCCAGCAGAGACAUCUACACCAAACUUACCACUAUGGCCAUGUACCCCCAUGCCCGGCUGCGCUGCAUGUGCACUUGUAACCGGUGCACCUUCUGCUUGUGUCAGAACUUCCUCAACUCUGAGCUGCUGCAGACGGUCAGGGCCAAACUCUACGCUGUCGUACUUAGAAGACAUGUCAGCCAAGCAGAACUGACAAGCUCGACCUUCUGGCUCAGAGCGAGCGUUGGGGCCACAGUGUUUGCAGUGCUGGGCUUCACCAUGUACAGAGUGCUGCUCAAACCACGGUGAUGCUUGGGCAUUUUGGUCCAACCUCCUUUUACCCAUGGUACAUAUAAAGCUAUUUUGACCAGUCACAACAUUAGUUUUUCCUGUUUACAUUAAGUGAAUGAAAAAUUUCUGGAAAAUCUGUCACGGUUUUGUAGUUUAAUAGAAAAAUUUUAUUUUUUUUUGCAGGAAGAAAAUAUGUGCAAACUUACUUUAGCAAACAUCUUUUUUGCAUUUUCAUUCCACUGUAAUUUUCUCUUUGUGGGGAUAAAAGAGAAAAAUAUUUAAUUUUGUACCAAAAUUGCUAAUUUGCUUAAUCUGUCUGUCUGCAAAUAUUUGCAAAGUAAAGUAAUAUAUUUAUAUUUAUAUUUAAAAUAUUAUGGUGAGCUGCUGGUGAGCUGUAGUGAGAUACAUAUGAGUGAGUUACAAAUAUAGCUAUUUUUUUGGUUGCUUGCUGAUUGAAAUGACGAACAACUUUGGUGUCGUGUAAUAGGGAUUGCAAUGUGUGAGGUAUGCAGAAGAACUGAUGCUUUCAUUAGACUGAACAAUGUGUAAAUAAUGUAUAUAACAUAGUAGACUGUACAAUUGUUUGUCCAGAAGGGCCAUGUCUGACUUGCACUUAUAGCCAGGUCAUGAACUUGCACAAACAUUAGCAUUGAUUACUCACAUUGACAGAACAUUGGUUUGUCUUUCAUGGCCAAAAGCUUGGACGCACGUUUUUUUUUUUUAUUUUAAUGUUUGUGCAUCUGAGCAUGUGUUUCAUCAGUGGAUGUGAAUGUGUGGAAUUAAGGCUCUCCCUCCGCUCUCUCUCUUGUCCUUACAUACUGAUCACUUUAUUUGUCAGCUUGUGUGUGUGUGGAUGUGUAUGUUUAUAAGCUAAGAUAUUGUACAUUUUGUGUUUGCAUGCUUCAGAAUUUCUGACCACAUUCCAGUAUUUUAAGACUUUCUUUUACAAAAAAAAUGACCACGUCAACUUCUCUAUAUUGUUUGCCAGCUCCAAAUAAUCCAGGGUCGUUGUUGUUAAGAGUGCUAAACAGAGGAUAGUUAAGUCUUGAGUCCCCGUGAAGUUUGCAGAUCAUUUGUUCCUUGUGAUUCCCAGUCAGCUCUCCUGGUCCCAGAACAUGCAAUAAUGUUAAUUUCCAUAUAACUGCAACUGCUUGCCACAAGGUUCAGUUUGAUGUGUUCACUCAGCCUUGCCUUUCCAAAAGUUUACAAUAAAUAAUUAUGUCUAUUA